AUGAGUAGGGAAAGCCAUAACCCAAUAGCCAUUCACUCCUCCAUUGCUCUGUUGCAGGAGAGAUUUAGGCAGUUGCAGAGAAUGAAGGAAAUGAGGGAGGGAAAGGAGCUUAUAAGAAUGCUUGUUGUUGAACCAAAUAAGCAGAAGCAGUCGGAUAUUAAUCUCAACCCCACCUUGUAUUUUGAGCCCCCAAAGUCGUUUCCAAAUCCAGAUUUUUUGACUCCACAGAUAAGGCCAAUAUCCCAGCAGGAUUCGCUCUCACUGUGGCAGAAUUUGCGUAGCAACAUGAAUAUUGAAGAUUUUAGAGGCAUCGAGAUUAGUUGUUGUGUCCCACCCACCCUGAUGAACUUGUGGCCCGUAAACGACACACCGUCUUCUUCAAACGCUUCGUCGUCUUCGUCUUCCAAUAUUUAUAAAUUCGAGGAUUCUGAUUCUGACUCUGAUGUUGAUACUUCUCUUCAUCUUUGA